UAUAUAUAACAAAGAGGAAAGCGCGGAAAAACGGGCAGAGGAGUGUGAAAAAGAGAAAGAGAGGAAAAGAGAAAGAGAAGAAAAUAGAGAAAGAGAGAGCAGAAUCCCGGAGAGAGACGAGAAUAUCCGACGAGGCGCGCCGCGCUACCAUCACCCCUCUACGCUGGUUCUUCCCCCACCUCCCAUCUACCACCCGACCUCGCAUAACGGCAGCAACCCCCGAACGGGCUUUCUCCUUCACCUCAGUAGCGCCGGGCGUCUCGACGCGGCAGCACGUUGCGUUGGGGGAUUCGACACGCUUCGGUCGUAUUUCCAAAAUUCAGUAUACAUUCUCAAACUCUCUUUCUUUCUCUCGCUUUUUCUCCCUAUUUAUCUUGCUUGGGAAAUUGUCACUCCUCUCUCGUUUAACCGUUUUUCAACCGUCGUUCCAGCCACCGUCGCGCAGUCCUUAUCAACCUUCUCGAGAAUUCACGGUGGGAUCCGCCCACGCGCGUGAGUGACUUUUCCCUCCCCCUCUAACGCUGAUCCUUCCCCCCUUUCCUGCCGUGCCUCUCCAUCGCGCAGGAAAACAGCGACGCGUGCAGUCGCGUUCGCCGAAGUCCCGAAACUGGAAGCGUUUUUUCGGGAUCAGUGAGAUCCGCGAGGAAAGACGGGUUUUUUUCCGGGUUUUUUCUUUUUCUCACUUUAUCUUUGCCUUUCUGCACGUCGCACCCUGUUCGACCGCGCGUCAAGGCGAGACCUGUCGUUAUGGGGGAGGACCUACCCUCCGGAGACGCCCGGCGCGAUUAGUUCCAGGUGGGCUUGCGAAAGCGCGCCAGGUAUACGCGGGGAUUUUCGAGUGUAAAAGUUGAAUUUGAACCGUUCCGUUUUGACGGCGUACGACCUGUCAUCCCUGACCGUCGGAAUCGGUUUGGAAGACUUGCCCGUCUAUUCUCUGUACUGUCUAUUGUGUCGGGCGCAGUCUAUGAAUCGGAGGUGUCGCGCAUCCUUUCAGUGUGAGCCGCAGGUGUAUAUGCGAUUCAUCCGAUCCGUGUAACUGUGCCGAUGAUCGUGUCUAUGACGAUUCAGCCGAUUGCUCCGAAGUGUCGUGUGCCGGAUUUCUUCGUCGCAUUGUUGAUUUCCGAGUGAUUCGGAGUGACAUUGUGCAGUGACAUUGUCUCCUCGGAACAUCCUAAUCGGAAGGAAGGAUUUUAAAAGCAGUCGCAAUUAUGGCUGUGAUGAGAACGACGUCGAUGCUUCGAUCGGAUUGCGGGGUUUCCGACGACGGCCGAGGGUCGCGAAGGUGCAACCCUCGGACGGGGACGAGGGCCGGCGGUCGUCGGGUGUCAAAGGAAUCAUUUAGUGUCGAAAGUGGAUCGGUUGCGGCGAAAAGCGGUGGUUCUGGCAAGUUCCUUCUGGUUGGCGCUGUCCUGGCCAUACAAUUUGUCGGCGCGGCAGCGAUAUCCAGCAAGGCGGGCAAUAUCCAAGUGGACUUUAAGAUGCCAAAAGAGGCUACAGUGGGUUCCUCGAUCGAUCUGAGAUGCGAGUGGCGAAUAUCGGGUGGCGAUCUCUACUCGGUCAAAUGGUACAAGGAUGAUCACGAAUUCUUUCGAUUUCUACCCGACAGCGCUCAAAGAACCCAGAUAUUUCCUCGGCCAGGCGUAAAAGUUGAGACAAGACCGAACAACGAAAAGAAAUCGAUAAAAUUGAAGGAUCUCGUCCUAGAGAGCUCUGGCCAAUACAAGUGCGAAGUUUCUACCGAGGCACCAUCCUUUGCUACCACUUAUCAGACUGCCAAUCUAACGGUGAUACUGCCUCCGGACAACGGACCGGAAAUCACAGGCCUGUCCCUGCACUACGCCAUCGGCGAGAACGUGACUGCCAAGUGCAUCUCCUGGCCGUCCAUGCCUAAGGCCAAUCUACAUUGGACCAUCAACGACGAUCCGGUACCAUUGGAGAACACUAUCCAGUAUGCACCGAUGGCACCCACAAACAGCGGGGCAAUCCCGAACACUCUGGGGCUAAGUUUGGAGACCGAACAACGACACUUCAAAGGCGACGGCAAACUAGUGAAGAUCAAAUGCAUCGCCGAGGUGGGCUCACGCAAGUACGAGACCGAGCGCAUGGUGCAUAUGGCAUACGUAAACAAUCAGAGGCUCAGCGCAGGUGAUAUGCAUGCGGCCGCGCGCAGCAUCCGCACCGAUCUUCUAGCUAAAUUGCUGACGGCGAUCCUCGCCCUCGUUCUGCUCACGACGUGACCUACCGGUUUUCUUCUCGCGUGAGUCGGCCUCCACGAACGGAAAUCACACGUUACAGCGCGCGCGCGAUCGCUUCAGGAACGCGCGACAGAUUCAGUGUCAGUUGUCCGAUCCUUACGUAUAUAAAAAUUAGGCUUAGUUAUUAAGCGAUGAUACACUCGGCGAUUGAUCGGCGAUUAAUCGAUCGACCGGCUCGCUCUCGAUCUAAACAGAUGUGCCCUGCGACGAUUCACUAUAAUUGAUAAAUUCUUUAGACAAAAUACAUGGAAGAUGAAAAUCUCGUUGAGAUAAGG